UUCUCUUCUCUGCCAUUCUCUUCUCUGCAAAAUCAUUGACAAACACAGACACCAUUUUCUCUCUUUCAUCGCCCCGUCUCGACUGAAAUUCGUCUCAGUUUCAUAAAUCAAACAUCAUCAAAAAUCGAACAUCCCUCAUUUUGAUGAUUUCUUUCUCUGCUUUUACACCUAUUUCUCCCCGAUUCGCAUUAAUGCCGUUCUGAAUCAAGCUAAGUUCAAUAAUAGAAUUAAUGCAAACCAAAAAGUCGCAAUUUUUUUUUCUUUUCUUCCUUUUAUUCUCCGUAUUUCCUUUUCUUCUCCGUUUUUUGAGACAAUGAGAGAGAAAGCUGAGAGUGUGCAGGCGUGUGUGUGUGUGUGUGUGAGAGAGAGAGAGAGAGAGAGAGAGAGUAAAGAUGAGUCCUUUUUAAUGCGUGAAGCUGAAGAACCCGAUUCCCUCAACAUCCCCAGUAAAAAAGGACAACAACAAUAACUUUGCUUCCCCCUCUCAUUCGCUUUAACUCACACAAAAAUGAAAAAUUGAACAAAGAAACGCACUUUAUCCAUCUCCCCAACUCCAUUGUUUCCUCCUCCUCCUCCUCUCAAUUUCAGUAGAAAAGGACAAAUGUGGGAUUAGUCAUCGUGCAUCGUUUUCAAUUCUCGCUUCGAUCACCGAAUUCCUCUCCGCAUCUGGUGCGAAAUUACCGAAACAUCCUCCACUUGCAAAUUGAAUUUUAAGGUACUAGCCAACAAAAGGGGGGUUGUCUUCAUCUGGGCUAUGGUGAUAUGCUUUUUGGUGUUAGUUUUCUUGAGCUACGUGUCGCAUUAUAUUCUUCUUUUUCUAUCUUGUAAUCUUUUUGCGGUUGAACUUAUCUCGUCUUGUUUGUAGCUUUGGAAGUCUGUGUUUCAAGAGAGGGAUAUUUUGGAUGUGAAAUGGGCUCUGUUUCAUUUGCUGGUGAUGAUGAGUCUCAGCCUUCUACUAGUAAUUGCAAGUUAUCAACAAUGAUUCUUGAUGGAUGUGGUGCUGUAAAUCAUGCCUCGAUUCCGAGGAAGCUGCGGUCCGCCAUCAAAAAGCGGAGCCGUGAGUCCGUUACCUCACCGUUGCUAACUUCAAGGAAGCAACAUGAUGUGUCAACUACAGUUUAUAGAAAAGAUGGUGCAAAGAAAUUCAAAUUUAAUAAGAAGAAGAGACAUAUCACCAAGGACGAGGAAGAAGUGGCUGAAACCUUGUAUGCUUUGGCUGGUAUGUUCACUAAUGCAAACGAGGCUGAUCAGCAAAAAGUAGACGAUGAGAAGCCCGAAAUAAAAUCUUCAACUACUCUAGAAGAAGAUACCUGUCGGACACUACAAGACGAGACUAGAAAAAUUAGCUCAGAAGUAACUCUUGGAGCUGUUUGUCCUUCAAUUUCAAAUGUGGUCAAUUUAACAGAAGAAGUCAUAUCCCAAACGUUAGAGGCUCGACAGCCUGAGCCUUUUUUUUCUUGCAAGCAGGCAGCGACCCCCAAUGCUUAUGGAGGCAAAUCUGAUUCAUGUCCGAGUUCCACUUUAAGACCACUAGUAUCCGUACAUGGCAUCAAUCAAAGUCAUGAAGAGGAAAUUCACUUGGAUCGGGUCACAGCUUCUGGAUUGCAGUAUGGCAAAAACAAAUAUAAGGAUUUGUUCCCGUCACCCAACUUGUCUGCAAUGCAAGCCGCGAGUUCUGAGACACACCGCUUGUUUGAGGGCACAACUUUUACCUCUCAGCCUCAUGUCGUUGAGAGCAAAAUUAGUAGUGAAAAGCAUACUAGAGUUGCUACUGAAUCGAACAAUUCACGGAAGAGAUGUUCAGCACACGUUUACAUAAGUCGUCUCAUCAAAGUCUUGCAAAUAUCAGACAGAAAAGAAGGAUUGCCAGUGAAGCCUGCUCAACCAACAAAUUUUCGAGGUUCAGACAACCAAAUGGGGAGAAACGGUGACACAUAUUUUAGUGCCAUCGACAUAGAUGCUGCUGAAAAAGGUUCAUCGGAAAACCAAAAUGGUUUCCUUUUGAAUAAGAGGCCAAUCCAAGAUGAGCAGAUGGCUUCUGAAACCUCUGCAAAGCAGGGAUACGACAUUUUAUCUUUGGGAAUGGGGAUUCGUGGUUUGGACACCAGUGAGAGUGCAAACGGAGCAGGAUGUUUUCUCGAGCCUCCUAAACAGUACUAUAUGCCAUACACGCAGUCACGAAACCAGUCCCCCAUGCUUUAUUCACUGCCCCGGAAUGGCUAUUCUUCGUCUCCGCACAGUCAUAAUUCAGCCUUGCAAGCACAACAGCUCUCUCAGUAUCAUACCAGCAGUUUCACAGACAGAACAGGACAGUAUUAUAACAACACGGGAGGAGGUGGUGCGCUUCGCCUUCCAGACUGGAGAAACGGAGCUGUGCUGAACUCUCUGUUCCCACAUCUGCAUGCUGCUCUGGGCUCCAAGUUUCAACAGCUCCCACCUUCACAACAGCAGGUAAUGGCUAUCAACGCGUCGUUGCCUCUGCAUCACAACCUUCCUUUGGGAUUCGGGAGAAAUGGAGCCGUGUUCCAACCUGAAAACAUGCACCUUUGACAUGGAUAAGUAGUUACUAUCAACAUGCUUACUAAAUAUAUCAUCAUUUGUUCAUUAUUUCUUCUCCAUUUUGGUUCGUUUCCUGUUUACAUCGACGACUUGUGACCCUCGGAUGUGACCCUCGGAUGUACGAAACUUGAGUCUUGGAAAAAUCUGCAGCAAAUUUCCUUGACAAGGCUUGUAAAUUUUCUGGAGAUUUACUUCAAAUUGAAAGAACACUGAAACAAGAGAUUGCCCUUACAUUAUUGGUUGAAUUUUGAUCUUA